GAAGACGCUGACCCUGCUGAACGUCAUAUAAACAAAAACCCACAGUCACGUUUUUAUCGGUACAAGCUAGUGGACAAGAUGCAACUCAGCUGAACGACACAAACGUCUGUUUUCUUUCGGUCUGUCAAACGUAAACCAGUAUGGUUUGUGUCUGCUAGAGCCAGCCGAAGCGACAGAUGUUGAGCAUAUGUCAAGCAUGCUAACAGAAGCUAGCUUCACUAGCAUGAAUCAGCUAUGAAUGUAGGGCCCACGUACUUCAGCACUGGUCUGUCAACAUUUAAAGAGCAAACAUGAGCAGCCUGGAUCAAGACCAGCGUCUCCAUCCUGGUUGCCGUGACAAAACAACAGUCUCUAGUGAUUCAUCGGACACUCGUGAGCUUGCCAAGCAGCCUCUCCACGGUCUAAAAUUGGCAUCACAUGCAGUGCUGGAGAAAGCGCAGCAGAGGGGCAGGUUGAAGUGCUCUAAAUGUGGAGGAUCAAGGAUGUUUUUCUGCUACACAUGCUGCUCAUUAGUGGGUGUCAGUCUGCAAGAAAUCCCCUUAAUCAAGCUUCCUGUGAAGAUAGACAUCAUCAAACAUCCAAAUGAGACAGAUGGCAAGAGUACUGCAAUCCAUGCCAAGAUCCUCGCACCCAGCGAUGUCACCAUAUACACAUACCCCUGCAUACCGGAGUAUGACAAAGACAAGGUGGUGUUAGUGUUCCCUGGGCCAGGGGCUGUCUCAGUUCAAGACAUGAUGCAGUGUUUGCAUGACAGGACUGACAGCAGGUCACAUGACUCAGAUGAACCCUGCAUAAAGAGGCUGAAAAGUGAGGGUGCCACACACACUGCUGAGAACCCAGGCAUCCCAGAUGAAGCAAAGGGCUUGGAGUCAAGGGUGUAUCCCCUACAGAGGGUGGUCUUCAUUGACAGCACAUGGAACCAGACCAACAAGAUCAGCACAGAUGAGAGACUGCAAGAUUUUCUCCAGGUAGAGCUGAAGAUGAGGAAAACAUGUUUCUGGCGCCAUCAGAAGGGCAAACCAGACACCUACCUAGCUACUAUCGAGGCUAUUUAUUAUUUCUUCAAGGACUUCCAUGAGCAUUGCCUUGCUCAGGAGUAUAAUGGAGAAUAUGAUAACCUUCUCUUCUUCUACUCCUACUUGCACUCAGUUGUCAACAAAGCCAAGAUCUCUGCUGGAAAAUGCUGA